UUCAGGACUAAACUGUUGUGGAUCCACACCACGUUCGCCUACAUGUAUCUGCUGCUCACUGUCUACAGCAUGAGGAGACACACGUCCAAGAUGCACUACAAAGAGGACGACUUGGUGAAACGAACUUUAUUCAUCAAUGGAAUCUCCAAAUACGCCGAGGAGACGCAGAUCAAAGAGCACUUUGAACAGGCCUAUGAGAACUGCACGGUGCUGGAGGCGAGAAUCUGUUACAACGUGGCCAAACUCAUGUCUCUAAACGCUGAGAGGAAGAAGACAGAGCGUAGUAAGAAGUUCUUCACUGACCUGAUGUCAAAGGAACACGUUCCCACGAUGAUCAACCCCAAACCCUGUGGACAUCUUUGCUGCUGCGCCAUCACUGGCUGUGAGGAGGAGGAGGCGGUCAGCUUCUACACGAAGAGAGAGGCGAAACUGAAGGAGGAGUACAGGAAGGAGAAGGAGAAGGUUCACACCAAACCUCUGGGCAUGGCCUUUGUCACCUUCCAGAAUGAGGCAAUGACUGCUAGUAUUCUGAAGGACUUUAACGCGUGUCAGGUUCAGGGUUGUCGCUGUCGCCAGGAGCCACGUUCCUCUCAGUUCAGCGAGGUUCUCCACGUCCACAGCUGGAGCGUUUCUUACGCGCCCGACCCACAGAACGUCCGCUGGGAGCACCUGUCCCUGGGCGGAGUCAGGUGGUGGAUCCGCUGCUUCAUCAUCAACUGCAUCCUCUUCAUCCUGCUCUUCUUCCUCACCACACCUGCCAUCAUCAUCUCCACCAUGGACAAGUUCAACGUCACCAAACCUGUGGAGUAUCUGAACAAUCCCAUUGUCACUCAGUUCUUCCCGACUCUGCUGCUCUGGGCCUUUUCUGCUCUGCUGCCGACCAUCGUCUAUUACUCCGCCUUCUUUGAGGCUCACUGGACCAGGUCAGGAGAAAACAGGACGACGAUGCAUAAAUGUUACACCUUCUUGAUCUUCAUGGUGCUGCUGCUGCCGUCACUGGGACUGAGCAGUCUGGACGUUUUCUUCCGCUGGCUCUUUGACAGGAAGUUCCUGGCUGAUGGGACACUCAGAUUUGAGUGCGUCUUCCUACCAGAUAAUGGAGCUUUCUUUGUCAACUACGUCAUUGCGUCAGCGUUCAUUGGGAACGCCAUGGACCUGCUGCGGAUUCCCGGUCUGCUCAUGUACAUGAUCCGUCUGUGCCUGGCUCGCUCGGCCGCAGACCGCCGUAACGUCAAGAGGCACCAGGCCUACGAGUUCCAGUUCGGAGCAGCGUACGCUUGGAUCAUGAACGUGUUCACGGUGGUGAUGGCGUACAGCAUCACCUGUCCCAUCAUCGUCCCUUUCGGUCUGAUGUACAUGCUGCUCAAACACCUGGUGGACAGAUACAACAUGUACUACGCUUAUCUGCCGUCCAAACUGGACAAGAAGAUCCACUCCAGCGCCGUCACUCAGGUGGUGGCUGCACCGAUCCUCUGCCUCUUCUGGUUGCUCUUCUUCUCCACUGUCCGCACAGGUUUUAAGACGCCAUACUCAAUGUUCACUCUGGUGGUUCUGAUCGUGACCAUCGUGGUCUGUCUGUCCCACGUCUGCUUCGGAUACUUCAAGUACCUCAGCGCUCACAACUACAAGAUUGACACAAAGGACAGUGACGUGGACACAGUGGAGAACGGUCGUCCGACUCGUCCCUCGUCCUCACCCUCCACCAAGUCUCAGCAGCAGCAGAUGUACAUCGCUCAGGUUCUCCAGGACCCAAACUCAGACGAGCCGGGCAGCGGCGGUGAGGAAGACUGCGCGUCGUCUCAGGACGACGAGAUGCUGAACGGAGGGACCGGCAUCAACGAGGCGGAUUUCCAGUCAGGGGAGGACAGUCUGAUCGCCAACGAGGUCCACCAGUAGCUGGACCACAGAGAGUGGGCGGAGCUAAUCGAGUGUCUGGACAUUUGGAGAAGAAACCAUCUUUGCACAUGCAGACUGACCACUGUGAGCUCCGCCUUCUCUCCGCUCAAAGACUUGACCCUGACCUUGGACGCCAACGCUGUGUCACCGUCGUCCAGUCCCACACAUCUGUCCCUCCUGUCCCUCCUGUCCCUCACUGUACAUAACCACAAAGCCAAACCUCAUCAUCUUUAGUGUCCUCUGUGGCGGUUGGACGGUGGGGUUUGACGUUUCUGUGCCGCUUCUCGUACUCGUGUCUUGAUUCCUCGUCCCAUCUUGGGUCAUCCUUGGACCCAGGGGUCAAAGGUCAAACAAAUUUCGCCACCCCCCUCCGGUUAGCAAAGCGCUAAAUAAUUCAGCAGGCUGUUGUCGUGGUAGAAGCAGUUCCCUCUUCACCCUGUCCUCUGUUUCCAUGAAAACAUCUCCUGGAUGUUUCUGAUUCACUCUUCAUGACCUCCAGAGACGGUGGAUAAUAAUUCACACGUUCACGGCAGAAACUGACAUCACAGCUCUGAUACUCCUGUUGUUGAUUUGCUGAGCUUUUACUGCAUGAGGUUUCAAUUUGAACAUGUGGGAGCACGACGUGUGCCACAGUCACAGCAGCAGCUUCAGCUCCAGCAGCUCUAGCAGCUCCAGCAGCU